UGUUUCUCUUUUUACUGGCCGCUUUUCGUUGUCUAGUGAUAAAUGUAGUAUUUUAGCGCUGUCUGUUCAUUUUAAAUUGUGAACAGCUAAUAACGAAACACGACCGUUGAAAGUUCUUGCUUAGCUAAGCUAGCUAACGAUAGCCAGUCUGCUAAUGUAGCUUUAGCAACAUAGCCAUCACCAAAUAGAAAGUAUCCCGUAAUGUCUGAGGUAACGGCAGCACUUUAAGCGGGUAUAAAAGAAAAGGAAAUGGCCUAGUCAAUGUAGCUGUGGUUCAGAGCUGAUGGACCAGUAAGAUGGAUACAGGGGAGAGUCAUGCCCAGCGGCCUGUCACACUGGACAUCACAGUGGAAGAUGUAGGCACGGAGGCCUCAGCUCCAGCCCCUACUGAGCCAACCACAAGCCAGACCCCUUCCAGAAGCAACGUCCUUCCCCAGGAGGACAGCAUUGACCUGGGCGGGGAGUUUGCCACCCCACAGGAGGACAGCAGCACCACACCCUCAGAGAGCCUGAUGGACAAGCUCAACGACCAGAUGAUGGAAAGUGUCAUGAUUUCAGACUCACCCAAUAACAGCGAAGAGGAUGAUGUAGCUCCCAUUGAUUCCUUUCUGGAUGGACCUGAGAGCGAGAAUGCAGGAGAGACUUCAGGAAACCAAGACGAGCAAAGUGAAAUUGGACAUAAUACAACUGAGAUUAAAGUUUCAGUGGAGAAACAGGAGGAAGGAGGCAUGGAGGAAAACAUAGAGGAGGACAAAAAGGAGCUGACAGAUACACAAAAGGAAGUCACAGCCUUUGAUUCACCUAAAGGUGACACACAGAGUCCAUCUGAUAGUCAGGGUGAGGAAGCGGUAUCUGAGUUAGCCAAAGCGAAUACCCCCAAAGAUGAGCCUGUGCCGGUGUGCACUAUAUUCAGCCAGGGCACACAGCCCAAGUCUCUGGUUCCUGAUGGCUUCCAGCCCACCCUCAUCAAAUCUCCCAGCUUUAGCAUGGGGAGUGGUAGUGGAAGUGAUGGGGCCGUGACCCCCAGCAAGCUGACAGCCCCCCUGGUGUGCCAGCCCAGCCCUAGCCUCAGUAAGUUCUUCACUGAUAAUGGACAAGCUAAUCCAGCCUCCGACUUCUUUGAUUCCUUCACUGCUCCCUCCUCCUUCAUCUCUGUGUCCAACCCUAAUGCAGACAUUCCUCCUGGCACCAGCCCUGCACCCAUAGCCCCCACACCUGAGCGCCAGCUGUCUUCUGCCUCCUCCUCCAUCUCCACCCCUGGUGGAACCUUGGACUCUGGUGCUCCCACCCCUAGCUCAGUGUUUGACUCUGCCCCUGCUGAAUCAACCCCAAAGUCCCAGCCUCUUCCAUCUCAGACGGUCCCAGCUCCAGCUCAGACUCCUGCCUCAGUGCCAGCCUCUCAGCCACAGCCCUUCAACCAGCUCCAGGCUGUGUUUUCAGGCAGUGAUGACCCCUUUGCCACGGCACUGAGCCUGAGUGAGGUGGACAGACGCCAUGACGCCUGGCUGCCAUGUGAGGAGACCAGGAAGGUGUUAAUCUCUGUUGCCACCCAGCAGUAUAGCCCAGCCUACGCAGAGACCAACAGACUCACUAUGCCUGGCCUCAAGUUUGACAACCUGCAGGGUGAUGCUGUAAAAGACCUAAUGCUUCGUUUCCUGGGAGAGCAGGCAGCCACCAAGCGGCAGGUCCUCACCGCCAACUCUGUGGAGCAGUCCUUCAGCGGCCUCAGACAGCUCAUCAGCAGUAAGAACUGGCGGGCUGCAGUGGAUCUGACGGGCCGGCUGCUGACAGCUCACGGUCAGGGAUACGGCAAAGCCAGCCAGCCAACCUCCCACACCACAGACUCGCUGCAGCUCUGGCUGGUGCGUCUGGCCCUCCUCACCAAGCUGAACCUUUUCCAAAAUGCUGAGCUGGAAUUUGAACCCUUCGGCAACCUGGAUCAACCAGACCUCUACUAUGAGUUCUACCCGACUGUUUACCCUGGAAGGAGAGGCUCCAUGGUGCCGUUCUCCAUGCGGCUGCUGCAUGCCGAGCUCCCCCAGUACCUGACCAAACCCCAGGAGGCUCUGGACCGCCUGCACAAUCUCAAAACCGUCUGCCUGGCUAUUCUGGAGAACUUGGAGAAGGGUUUGGCUGAGGAUGGCAGCAUGAUCACCUUAACCCAGGAGAACAGGCAAGCGUCUCUGAAGCUGUGGAGGUCUCGUCUCAGCCGGGUCAUGUACUCCAUGGCCAACUGCCUGCUGCUGAUGAAGGACUAUGUUCUGGCUGUGGAGACCUAUCACUCCAUCAUCCAGUAUGAACCCCAGCAGUGCGUGCAGCUGCUCAGUGGUAUCGGACGCAUCUUCUUGCAGAUCGGAGAUGUAAAAACGGCAGAGAGAUACUUCCAGGAUGUGGAGAAAACCUGCCAGAUGAAAGGCAGCCAGCUCAGCCACACCACAUGCGUGUUAAUGAACAGGGCUUUUGUCUACCUCAGUCAGAACAACUACGCUGAAGCACAUGCAUCCUUCAUUGAAGUGUUAAAAAUUGACCCAAAAAACCCUGUUGCCAACAACAACGCAGCGGUGUGCCUGCUGUACCUGGGGCGGCUGAAGGAGUCCCUGGGCCAGCUGGAGGGCCUGGUGCAGCAGGACCCCACGCUCUACCUCCAUGAGAGCGUGCUCUUCAACCUGACCACUAUGUACGAGCUGGAGUCGUCUCGCAGCACCCAGAAGAAGCAGGCCCUGCUGGAGGCCGUGGCCUGCCGGGAGGGAGACAGCUUCAACACCCAGUGCCUCAAACUGGUGUAGAGGCAGGAGAACUGGGAUGGAGACACACUACAGCUGUCCUCCUGGGAGAUGCAGAAUUAAAGUAGAAUGUCCAGGAGGGAGGAAAGCUCCGCAUCCUGUCAGAGCGUGGUGAUGGGAUGUUUGGUUUCCCAAAUGUAAGUUGAUCCUUGAUGUCUGAGAGCUGGUUUUAUUGUUAAUACUCCAGAACAGGGACACAUUUCUGAUAAGCCCAGCAACAAAAUCAGCUCACAUAUACUGGUAGACUGGAGCAGCAAAAACCCUGUAUGUACACCAGUUUUAUUUUACAGUUUAACACAAGAGUCUGGCAUUUCGGGGAAACGUGUUUAUUUCCUGAGGAUAGAAAUCUCUCUGACUCCUACACAUGAAGCUACAGCAGCUGGUAGAACCUAUCAAUGAACACAUUCUAACCCUUAAAUCAGAAGUGUAAAGAGUCGCAGGUUACAUACUCGAGUAUUUCUUGACCAGACCCAAUGAUUGUUGCUAAGCAACAAGUGAGAAUCAAUGAAGUCACUGAACCAGAACAAGAAAAUGGAGACUGAGGUCCUGCUAAGACCUGUAGAAUGAGGUCCAUGUGAUUGACUGGGGUCAUUCAUAGAGAACUAAUCACCACCAGAGCAGCAGCGUUGCCACGUUUACUACCAGCUGUGUGAGCUAUCAUUAGUGUGUUAUGCUCUUACUGGUCAUUACAUUUUAUGUUUUUGUUCCAAUAUGUUGAGAUUUGAUGAUUUAUCCACCACUAGACUGUAAACAGAAGUAGUGGAAGUCUUUUACUGCAUAACUGAAGCACAUGUAUGAGGAAAAAUUCUUUGAUAGUGAAAGUGUAAAACAAAAAAAAGGUGAAAUCUGAUUGGCAAUGAAUUAUGAUUCCAUUUUUAAUAAUGAAGGUCGUACAUCUUGGAGGGGGGACACCUCGAUGUUUCAGUUUGCUUCACUCAUGAGCUCUUUUGUAUUAGAAAAAUUGGAUUACGUUUGAAUCACAGUUAAAACUAAACAGAAGAUGAUUGUAGCAGGUUGCCAAGCUUUACCAUUUUUUUCCUCCUUUGGUUUUUAUAGUUUUACUGAUUUCUCAGGGACACCUGAGAACAACAAGCACUUCUUUACUAACUUAGCCAGCAGGGCGGCUAAAAACUAGCUCAUUGACACCUCCAACUGUCCAUCACACAACCAUAGAAGUCCCUAAAGAAACAGCCUAGCACCUACCCUGUAACACACAGUCAGUGUCCAUCAGCUGCUUUCUCUUGUUGUUAGCAUUGAUGCUAAGCUAAGCUAAGCUACACGGCUGCUGCCUACAGCUUCAUGUUUAGCAGACAGAGAAGGAAAUUAAGAGAACACAAAUAAACACAUUCCCCAAAUAUUCUUUUACACUUGUGAUAUUUUAGAAAUCCCAGUCAGCACCACUACAGAGGAAUCAUCAGAUGAUCCGUUAUUAGGGUAAAAACAGACCGUCACACUACAGUCUGAGGUUUUUAGGGAACUGCUGGCUCGUAAUGUGAGACCUGAGAUGGGCAUUAUCCUGAGCUGCACUGUUUAAAGACUAAUAAACUCCACAGCAGCCCUUUGUGAAGCUGCACACCUGGAACAGCGCAUUAACAGACCACUUUCACUCAUUAACCAGUGAAACUAAAGCAGCCCGUCAGAUCGCAUCGUCCACUAAACAGAAAUGUAAAGUAGGAAUCCAGAACUGUACAUAUCAAAGAGGUGGAUGUUUUUUUUUCUUUUGAAAUGAUUAUAUUGAGAUAAUUGUCUUUUAUUGAUUUGUCUUCCACUGUUUACAUACUGUGCUGAUCAUAUUUAUGUACAUUAAAAUACAUUUUGUUUUAUUCUAAAUCAACCUGAUUAAAGGUCAAGCUGAUAAAAACACACAAAUUAAAAUCAUUAGCAGCUUUAUUUUUCUUACAAUAUAAACUGUAUAUUGAUCUGUCAGUGAUGCUUCACCCCAUUAGCUCAGAUAAAUCAUGUCAUUUCUCUUUAUUGAUCCAGACAGAUUGGAAUAUAAAAUUAGAAAACAGUGAUGCCAGUAGUCAGAAUUAUUUCUACAUUUAAGAGAAUAAAGCAUUUAUCAGCUUAUCAUGAUGUGAAACAAGUAUUCAGACCUUGAAUUAAUACCUACUCUGGUAAAAGUAGAGGCAAAUGAUACUGAAGUGUUCUAAAAGUAAAGUACUCCUGCAGAGUGGCCCCUUUAAAAGUGUUAGAUUCCAUUAUUAUUCCAGAUGCUUUAACAUCUGGGCAGCAUUUCAAUGGAAGAUGGUUGACAUGAAGCUAGACUGAACCAUGUGAAAGGUUGCUGGGCGGUGUUUAGUAUCAUAUUUUAUGAUGUGAUCACAGUUAAAUGUGUUUCUACCCAUCACAGGUUCUGAUUUAUAGUACAAUGAAGUGUAUCUAUAGAACCCCCCUAUAGGGCUACAUCAUUUCAUCCAACUCUAAAAGGCCUCUUGGUGCGUAAUGAUUGCUUUAAUCGUCUGUAGAUUUCUCACUAUUCUACGUAAUUAUUUGCCUCUUCCCAAUCACCCUGAUUUAGUGUGAGCAGUGGUCAUGUAGUGAAUCCAUCCAGUCGUUCCUCAGAAUGCCUUCAGAGAAGCCACAUACUUCUGGCGGAUUUCAAAGUCAUCAGCAGGUCUGUUGUAAGCCUUCCACACCGGCUCCCCCACAAACAGCCUCAUGACUUUAGUGUAGUCCUGUAGAUACAAAGAGUUCAGAUCAGAAGCUGGUCAAUUACUCUCUCAAAAGUUAUAGAACAUUCCAGUUUCUCCAUGGUAAAUGGUUGUAUUUAUACAUCACAUUCACCCACUGAUGGCGGGAGCUGCCAUGCAAGGCACUAACCACGACCCAUCAGGAGCAAUUAAGGGUUAGGUGUCUUGCUCAGGGACACCUCGACAUGAGCACAACGGGCCGGGGAUUGAACCGCAACCUUCCGGUUGCGAGACGGCCACUCUACCCACUGAGCCAUGCCGCCCAUGUGAGUGUUUCUUUGUACUCCAAAAUGAAAGCACAGAACAAAUAAACAGAUAAAGUUAAAAACAAUCUAUUUACAAAACCAAAAUGUAUUCUAAACUUCUGACUCAUCAGAGUAGCACCUUUGGCAGAUAUAUCAGCUGAACACACUCAUUCCUUCCACAGUGGAAAUCAAACAUUCUUCAGAAAGUUCUUCCAGUUCUACAGCAGAAGUUCCCAUAAAUGUGUGGAAGUUCCCAUAAAUGUGUGGUUCUUGUAGGUUCUUUGCUUUCACUCUUCUGUCCAGUUCAUCCAAACCAGCUCCAUGGGGUUUAAGUCUGGAGACUGUGCUGCCACUCCAUGUUUUCAACCAUCUGGUUCUUUGUUCCUAAGGUAGUUCUGCAGAGCUUGGACUGAUGUUCUGGGUCAUUAUCUGCUGUAGGAUGAACCUCUGACCAACUAGAACAUACCAGAGGGUUCUGCAUGGAGCUGCAGAAUGCUGUGGUAGACGUUUAGGUUCAGGGUUCCUCUCACUCUGUACACGUAUGGAAUGAACCAGUGAGGCAAAGCAGGAACUUAAGACUGUUUGACUGUACAGACUGGAGUGUUUCUGAAGCUGCCAACAACAACCUGGAUGAUCUGACAGACACAGUGACGGCUUCCAACAGUUUCUGUGAGGACGUGUUCAGGAUUUACAGCAAUAACUAGCCAUGGUUCACCACCAACCUGCGAUAGCUCCACCACGCCAAGGAGGACGCCUAAGGGAGGGACAGAGACUCACUGAACAAAGAUCUGAGUGGCUAAGAGGAGCUACUCUGAAACUGAAGAACCGGUUCUCAGCUAACAACCCUGCUUCAGUGAGGAGAGGCCUUCUAGACGUCACCACCUACAGGAGACCCUCCCCCCUGCCAAAGCAACCAGAGAUCUGGACAACAACAUCAACAAUACCUUCUACUGUAGGUUUAAAAAGGGAUGCAUUCACACCCCUCACCCACCCAACAACCCCCAUCACACCUCAAACUGUUAGAAGAACAGCUUCCACCCCACUACCAUCACCCUGAUAAGCAGCUCCAUUCCUCCACAUCUGUACAGUAUACCAGUGGACAUGUCCAGUACUUUCUGCACUCCAUCAUCAUCUAGUAAUUAUCAUUUUUGCACUACUGUGUUUAUAUGUGAAGAGUUCAUUUGCAAAACAGGUAACUCGGUUUUCAGAAAACUCAUUUUUUAUUGUUUACUUGAGAUAAUAACGCUAAUAAUUUAUUUUCUCUCUAUUUUGUCAUGUAUUUUUUUACUAAGUCAAAUCCACUCAACUUCAGUUUGAUUGAUAUUAUCUCAAGUAAACAAUAAAAAAAAGUUUUCUGAAAAUGUAUUAAAAUGGAGUUAUCUGUUUUUGCAAAUUAACUCUUCAUAUUUCUUUCGAUCUUGUAAAUUUCUGUAUAUAUUGUGUUAUAUUUAUUUUUGUUACUAUUUUUUUUCCCUCUUCUUCUUGCUACAUAUUUUUUUAAACUAUUAUUCUCUUUCCUCAUUCCUAGGAUGACACCAUCAGCUGAAACCAAAUUCCUUGUAUGUUCUGUACAUACUUGGCCAUUAAAGCUGAUUCUGAGUCUCUC